UGUUGAUUCCCAAUACUCCUGGUUGGGCUUCAUUGGUACUUUCUGCGCAAACGAAUUUUGACUAAUCAUUCGAUCUCUGGGUCUUUCUCUCCAUUCUGAAACUUGUGGUCAAGGAUAAACUACAAACAAGAUGGCUUCCGAAAAGAAGGACAAGCUUGAGCCGCAGAUCAAGUCCGUCGAUAUGACGGAGGACAUGCAGCAGGAGGCUGUUGAAGUUGCGAUCGAGGCGAUGGACAAGUACCACAUUGAGAAGGAUAUUGCCCAGUAUAUCAAGAGAGAGUUCGACUCGCGCAAGGGUGCGACAUGGCACUGCGUGGUGGGAAGAAACUUUGGCAGCUUCGUGACACACGAGACGAAACAUUUCAUCUACUUCUACCUCGGUCACUGCGCCAUCCUCCUUUUCAAGACUCAAUAAGCAUGCGAAGGGCACACAAUGGUCGAUAUCGUUAAGCGUUUCCUGUACCUAUUUCGGAGUUCUUUGCAGGCGAGUCACGCCGAAAUAUGUUCAUAUAUAAAUUGAAAGUAUUGGCGUGGUUAUUCUUAUGCCAUUGCGACUGGUUGGAAGGACGUAACAUGGUGGGGGGAAUCUCUGUAAACAAACCAGCUACUACUUCGCAGGACUCCUCUCGAUUUAUUUAUUCUCCGAGAGAUU